AUGGCAAUUGCUUUCCACCAAGCCGCGCAAGACACUCCGCAGAAGUCGGUGAAGGAAGUCUGGGAUGUAGCUUCGAAAGCCAGGGCGGAUGUUCAACCACCGCGGCCUGUCUCCGAAGGCCAGCGCGCUACAAACACUCGUCCACAGCCGCGCCGAGAUGAGCAGAUCGCAGACAUCAAGGCUUUGUGCAACUACAUCAGCCCAGCACUUCUCGUGCGCAUUUCUGGAAAUGCCCUGUCGGACCUCGAUUUGUUCUACAAUAAUCUGCGGCGCGCAGCACAGCCAUUUCCAUUCCUAGAACUGCCUGUCGUCGUGAAAAAUCGAAUCUACGGGAUAGUCUUGGGCUCUGGAGCAGGCAAUCGUCCUGUACGUCAACUACAUGGUUCCUUGCCCCCACUCCUCGCCAUCUGCAAGGAGAUUCGACAAGCAGCCCGCCCUGUCUUUUUUGGGACGUCAGUGUUCCUUUUCGAUCUCAUUUCCGAACCGGAUACAAUGGAAAACACUGUUAACAGAGUCCUCAAGCAGUGGCUGAAGGUAGUCGUCAGGACAGACACGAGAUGUCUUGCCCGAGUUGAGCUCAGCUUGGGUGGCGCUGUUGCGGCUCAUGAUACGAUCGAUAUCUGUUUCACCAUUAGUCCUGCACAUGGCUUGAUGGUCAAUGUCCAUGGCAAAGGUACCGCGACGCUGAAGGAGACUGCCCAGCAGCUUGUAAACGCCAUAGAGGAGAUGCGAGAGGCCAUGGGUAUGCACGGAGAAGCGAUUGGCAUGGCUCUGCACAGUGGCUCAGACCUUUGGCGGGAAGCAGUUCUCGCGAUUGCAAACUUGUCGGUACCUGCAGUGGCGGAAUCUGAGCUAUAUGAAGAACGGGAUGUGAAGAGGGAGGAGAAGUGA